GUCCGCGCUUCGCGACCACAAGCCCCACAAUGCCGAGCGGAGCGGGGGCGGGAGCGCUGGCGGGGCGGGCCGGGGCGGGGACAGCGGCCGGGCGGAGCGGGGCUCAGAGGAGCCGAGCACAUCCCUGCACGGCAGAGAGGCGGCGGAGCGCGGAGCGGCGGCAGCAGCACCGCCGGGCAGCGGGCGGGGCGGCGGCGAGCGUGCCGACCUUAAAAUCUCAAGUCAUGUAUUUCCUUGGGCUGCUGUCUCUGCUCGCUUUGCAAAGCGAAGCCUUCAAGACCAACAUUCCUGAUGAAACCAUUGCUGAGCUGUCUGUGAACGUUUACAACCAGCUGCGAGCCAGCAGGGAGGAUGAGAACAUCCUGUUCUCCCCUCUGAGCAUUGCCAUAGCCAUGGGCAUGGUGGAGCUGGGAGCCCAUGGAACCACCUUGAAGGAAAUCCGGCAUUCCAUGGGCUUUGACAGCUUGAAAAACGGUGUUUUUCCUUCCCCAGGUGAAGAGUUUGCCUUCCUGAAGGAGCUUUCUGACAUGGCAACUGCUGAAGAAAGUCACUACGUGCUGGACAUCGCCAACUCCCUCUACGUGCAGAAUGGGUUCCAUGUCAGUGACAAAUUCCUGCAGCUGGUGAAAAAAUACUUUAAAGCUGAAGUAGAGAAUGUAGAUUUCAGCCAAAGUGCAGCUGUUGCUACUCAGAUCAAUAAAUGGGUGGAGAAUCACACAAAUAGUAUGAUCAAAGAUUUUGUGUCUUCAAGAGACUUUGGUGCUCUAACUCAUUUGGCUCUCAUCAAUGCAAUCUACUUUAAAGGCAACUGGAAGUCACAGUUCAGGCCUGAAAAUACCAGAACUUUUUCUUUCACUAAAGAUGAUGAAAGUGAAGUGCAAAUUCCAAUGAUGUACCAACAGGGAGAGUUCUACUACGGAGAGUUCAGUGAUGGCUCCAACGAAGCAGGAGGGAUCUACCAGGUCCUGGAAAUCCCCUAUGAGGGGGAUGAGAUCAGCAUGAUGAUUGUCCUUUCCAGGCAGGAGGUUCCCCUGGCCACACUGGAGCCCCUGGUCAAGGCCUCCUUGAUUAAUGAAUGGGCUAACUCUGUGAAGAAGCAAAAAGUGGAGGUGUAUUUGCCAAGGUUCACAGUAGAACAGGAAAUUGAUCUGAAGGAUGUCUGGAGAGGUCUGGGAAUUACAGAGCUGUUCAGCAGCAGUGCUGACCUCACUGCCAUGUCUGAUAACAAGGAACUUUACCUUGCAAAGGCAUUUCACAAGGCAUUUCUAGAAGUUAAUGAGGAAGGAUCAGAAGCUGCUGCUGCCUCAGGAAUGAUUGCCAUCAGCAGAAUGGCAGUGCUCUAUCCCCAGGUCAUCGUGGACCAUCCCUUCUUCUUUUUGGUCAGAAAUAGAAGAACAGGCACCGUGUUGUUCAUGGGAAGGGUAAUGCACCCCGAGGCAAUGAAUUCCAGUGGCCACGACUUUGAAAAGCUUUAACUGCCACCAGCUACCAGAAGGAGGAGAUAAGCACAUAAAGUUUGAAGUUAAUAUAUUUAAGGUUUGCUGUGUUUUCCCCCAAGACACUGUUUCAAAACGCUUUUGGAUCUAACUGUGUGCAAGUCAGUUCCCAGAGGAAAGCUUACAGUAUUAAAGUAAUGGUUCUGUUUCUGUCAUUGUGAUUGCUGUGUCCUUAAAAUAAAGUUGUGUACAUGUCAACAAUUGUUUCUUGUUCUAGUGAGUUGUAAAGCAGAAAACUGCAAAUCCAUUAUUUGUAAUUUUUUUACAGUCCAAAGACUGACUUGAUCAAUGAGCCAGGAGCAGAUUGUGUGCAGCUCUGGAAAAUGCAAAUGGCAAAAGCUUGGUGGGCAUUUCUAGAGCUGAAGAAGGCCCUGUGGACACUGUGAUCUCACCUGUCCCUGGCAGAGCAGGCGCAUCACAGCUGUGGUGCACUGCUCGAGCAGAGAAAACGGAGCCAGCUGAGCCCAGUGGAUUUGAUUCUUGCCUGUGGUAGACUUUGUGUGAACUGUCCCACGUGAUUCCCAAGUGCUGCUUUUCUGGACGCUCCUGCAUGUGGCUGCCACUGCCCCCCUAAGUGUUGAUGCCAAUAAAACCCGACCGAUCGCAUGGAUGUCCGAGACCUGCCAGUGUAGAAAGCUCUGUGUGUGACUGAAGUAAAGGAGUUCACUAGUAAUGCCAUUUGUGUGGACAUAUUUUUUCUCCCCCCACAGCACUCUUCAGUGUCUCAUUUCAGGGCUCUAGAAUGUUCUUUCU